UUACUCCGCCUAAAUAAGCAAGCAAGCCAAGUGCGCAGAGCUUCAGUGCAGCAGUAUCUUCUUCAAGGGAUGAUAGCGUGAGAGUAGGUAACAAAUUGAGGUGAGAGAGAAAAGCUAACUAUGUCGGAACAACAGAGUCAAUCUGUGUCUGAAGAAGCAGGGGGAGGUGAGGAGGAGUUUGUCCCUCAAAAGGGCUCAAGUUCUGUUAUUUGGACGUAUUUUGGAUUCAGGGCGAGUGAUGUCCAACAAAAACAGGCGAUGUGCAGAGAGUGUCAGAGUUGUGUCUGCCCCGCAGGGUAACACCACAAAUCUGUUUAAUCACUUCAAAAAGCACCACGUAGAAAAAUAUAAUGAGUGCAUGAAGGCCAAAGCCAGCGUCGUUGGCACUGCACAAAAUCCCCGUCCCGCAACCCCAACCCAGACAACCAUCCAAGCAACACUACACCGUGCAACACGAUAUUUACCCACAUCACACAGACACCAGGAAAUAACAGACGCAAUCGCGUUUUAUUUAGCUAAAGCCAUGGCCCCAAUAAACACCGUGAAUGACGCCUUCAAAAAAAUGGUGAAAACGCUGGACAAAAGAUACGAGAUGCCGUCAAGAAAUUAUUUCUCGAAAGUGGCAUUACCUGCGCUGUACAAUCAAUGUCGGGGAAAAAUUGAGAGAGUUAUCAGCGGUCCCGUUUUAUGCUACCAUGACUGACCUGUGGUCAAGCAGGACCAUGGAGCCGUACUUGUCCCUGACAGUACAUUACAUUGAUGAGGAUUUCCAAAUUAAAAACCGGUGCUUGCAGACGUCAUUUUUCCCGCAAGACCACACGGGAGAAGCCAUAGCCCAGGGAUUGGAAGAGGCACUGGCUUCUUGGAGUUUGCAAGAGGAGAGACUUGUCUGCAUCACAACAGACAGUGGGGCCAACAUCGUCAAGGCAGCGUCUCUGAAUCAGUGGACAAGGCUUCAGUGUUUUGGCCACAGGCUCCAUCUGGCCAUUGAGAAUGCUAUGAGAGAUCCACGAAUUGACCAUGCAGUGGGGAUCUGCAAGAAACUCGUCAGCAGUUUCUCUUACAGCUGGAGGCGCAAAAGGGAGCUAGCACAGGCUCAAAAAGAGCUGAAGCUUCCAGAGCAUGGGCUGAAGACAGAAUGCCCCACAAGGUGGGGAUCAAGACAGGCAAUGAUUUCAAGAGUCCUGGAGCAGCAUAGGGCCAUUUCUCAAGUCUUAGCGUCUGACCGGAAAGCAAGACACCUCAUCCCAACGUGGCAGGACACUGACAUCCUGGAAGCCAUCAACAAAGCCCUCCAACCUCUGACUGAAUUCACAGAUGCACUGUCCAGUGAGAAGUAUGUUAGUAUUUCCUUUGUGAAGCCAGUCCUCCACCUGUUCAGCUCCUCCAUCCUCAAGGCAAGUGAUGAUGCUCCAGACCUGACCAACACCAUCAAAACCAAAAUCCUCACCUACUUGGAGGAAAAAUAGCAGGAUCCUGAGACACAAGAACUGCUCAAUAUGGCAUCUGCUCUCAACCCACGCUUUAAGAUGAGAUGUAAAUGAGGACAGGAUUGCACCAAUCCAGGCCAGACUCAUAUCUGAGAUGGUUGCAUCUGCACGAAUGGAGAUGGACCGAACUGAUCCGUGUAGAGAGACUACAGACAACACAGAGGAUGCACCAAGUACAUCUAAGAAAAAGAAGACUUUGGGGAGCUUCUUCAAAGACACUGGGGCAAACUCAACAAGAUCCUCUCUUCUCCAGGAGCAGCAGACUGUGGCCUCUGAGCUUCAUUCAUACCUUCAGUGUGCCAGCCUGGACAGUGAAGGGGACCCACUGGACUGGUGGAAAGGGCAUCAGCAACUGUACCCACGGAUUUCCCAGCUUGCGAAGAAAUACUUAUGUAUUCCAGCAACAAGUUCUCCAUCCGAGAGGGUAUUUAGCACUGGAGGCAAUGUUGUGACCUGCCUUUGCUCAUGUUUAAAGCCAGAGCAUGUUGAUAAGCUGGUCUUUCUAGCUAAAA